AUGUCGAAAGCUUCGAGCAGCUUGUUAAAGUUAUUGAGCAAUAGUGCUCAGAACUCACCGACGUCUGCUUCUGCAUCGUAUUUUAGAAGAGACUCUCAAACCGUCGAUUCGCCAAUCGGUGGCGAUGUAGAAUCGCAGCCUCUAGUGCAGCGUGGAUCAAUAGAUGAUUCUCUGGAUUGGUCUGAUGAUGGAUCUCCUGCUAAUAGGCAGAUAAUGGCUGCAAGGAAGAUCAAGAGGAGAAAAAAUCCAGGCAAGCUUGCAAUAUCCAAAUCCAUCAUGACGACGUUGGAAUCAUUGGCUGGUGCAUCAGGAGACACGUUUGAUGAUUUGGACGCUGAAAUAUUGAAAGCAUCAACAGACGAAAUUGCCAAUCGAACUAAGUUACUAGAAAAUGAUGUCAAGGUCAUGAAGAGUGAACAAUCUCGAUUGACACAUGAACAUGCUGCUCAAAAGGAAAAGAUCAAGGAUAACAAGGAGAAAAUUAAAUUAAACAAACAGUUACCGUAUCUAGUUGCCAAUGUCGUAGAGCUAUUGGACAUGGAUCCAGCAGACGAACCAGAAGAAGACGGCGCAAACAUUGACUUAGAUGCACACCGCAAAGGGAAAUGUGCAGUCAUCAAAACCUCAACACGACAAACCAUCUUCCUACCCAUGAUUGGUCUAGUAGAAGUGGAUAAACUCAAACCAGGUGAUCUAGUAGGUGUCAACAAGGACUCGUAUUUGAUAUUGGACAACCUUCCUGCCGAAUACGAUUCUCGAGUCAAGGCUAUGGAAGUCGAUGAGAAACCUACUGAAGAUUAUAAUGAUGUUGGUGGUUUGGACAAGCAGAUUGAGGAAUUGGUUGAAGCUAUUGUGUUGCCCAUGACUCAUGCUGAUAAGUUCAAGAAUUUGGGGAUUAAGCCUCCAAAGGGAGUGUUGAUGUAUGGUCCACCAGGGACAGGCAAAACAUUGUUGGCCAGAGCUUGUGCAGCUCAAACCAACUCUACUUUUUUGAAAUUGGCUGGUCCUCAACUUGUACAGAUGUUUAUUGGUGAUGGUGCUAAAUUGGUUCGGGAUGCAUUCAACUUGGCAAAAGAAAAGGCACCUGCAAUCAUCUUUAUUGAUGAAUUGGAUGCUAUUGGUACCAAGCGAUUCGACAGUGACAAGUCUGGUGAUCGUGAAGUCCAACGUACCAUGUUGGAAUUGCUGAAUCAAUUGGAUGGAUUUGGAAGCGAUGAUCGAAUCAAGGUUAUUGCUGCCACCAAUCGUAUUGAUAUUCUCGAUCCUGCGCUACUUCGAUCUGGUCGUCUUGACCGAAAGAUUGAAUUCCCACUGCCAACUGAAGAAGCCCGAGCUCGUAUCAUGCAAAUUCACUCACGGAAGAUGACGGUAUCUGGCGAUGUCAACUUUGAGGAGUUGGCUCGAAGUUGUGAUGAAUUCAAUGGUGCCCAAUGCAAGGCUGUUUGUGUUGAAGCUGGUAUGAUCGCAUUAAGGAGAGGAGCCAGUGAAAUAACACAUGAAGACUUUAUGGAAGGCAUUCAAGAAGUGCAGGCCAAGAAGAAGACUUCACUUAAUUCCCUUGGACUCCCAAGAAGUAGUCAGUCGUGGAGAUACCUGCUUGUGUUGUUCCUUGCUGCUCUUGGUAGCGUUGAGCUUGUUGGCGGUCAGACGAGUUUCGAAUCUAUUUUGAGUACCGAUCAAAUUGUUACCUCCACGGAAUCGUCGGCAUCAACUGCCAGUUUUGCUACCGGAUCUAUCGGAUCUACUGAUGAUGCAUAUACUACGUGGUCGAUAUCAGCCUGUAGAGAUGCAACAACUUUGGCCACUGAUUUUGUUGACACUGUGACUGCUACCUCGACUGUUGUAAUACCGACCACUUUCGCUGUUGAAUUGUUAACGCUUUACUCUGCCUCGUCGACGCUCAGCUCUCCAUUGUCGUCUUACGGAGCUGUCGAAACUGAUAACCUGAACACGGCAAGCUCAACUGCUACGUUUACUGCGUUUUCUCAACCAACCACCUUUAAGUCAGCUCCUUUAUCAAUCACUUCUUCGACUACCAGUCUUGAAUCCACGAGCGCUGAAAUUCCUACCUCGACAGUUCAAACUUCAGCUGUUGGAACAAGUAGUAGCAUGGCUGCCAGUAGUAUACAAGCCCUUCUUGAAACACUUGGAAUGACGCAAAUGAUCAUCUUGCCUACUACAGUACCAACAGGCCAAGAAACUUUAUCAAAAACAACAACAACCUCUACUGAUUCAACAACCACUGUAUCGAUAAUACCGAAUGCAGCCACGUUAUCUAGUAAUUCUUUGGAAUCUCCCACUUUGCUGUCUGUUGAAGCUACUGCAACAUCUGCUCCGUCAACUUUGUUUUCUAUUUUAUCUCCAACAACCACAAUCGAUGUAAUUUCUGCCACAAUAGCUGAGCCAACCACGUAUUGGAUUCAGUCGACUGAUCAAUCGACCAUAGAUCCUAUGAGUACUCCUGGUCAAUUUACCAGUCUCGAUGUGUCCAUUCAACCAACAACGACAACUUCCAAUGAGAUGAAUCCCACCACAACAACAAUAGCUGUUGAUGUAUGGCCGGCAAGCAACAUGCCAACUCCAGCAACUUUGACUGGUUUUGCUUCUUCGACUGAAGCAUCAACAAUUCAGGAAACUGUUUCGGAAACAGGGAGCUUCACCACUUCAAUGACAAGUAGUGUAUCGAUGACACCGAAUCCAGUCACUAUGGCUACUAAGUCACUUGGCUCUUCGAUUUUGCUCUCCGUUGAAGCUACUGCAACAUUAGAUUUGUCGAAAACAGUAUCUACUAUAUAUCCAACAAGCACAGCUGAUGUAGCUUCUGCCUCGAUACCUGAACCAACCACGUAUUGGAUUCAAUCCACGUAUCAACCAUCGAUUGAUGCUAAUAGUGCAUUUGGUCAAUCUGCUAGCACGGAGGUAUCUAUUCAACCCACAACAACUACCGAUGAGAUGAAUCCAACCACAUCAACAACUGAUGCUUCGCCGACAAGCAAUGCGCCAGCUCCAGCAACUCUGACAGGUUUUUUGAUUGAGACGGUAGAUAUUUCAAUGGUGUCGUUCACAACGCAAGCCACAAGUACCUCCCAGGACCCUGAAAACACUGCAUACUCGUUCACAGCCAAUCAAACGACAACGUCAUCACCGCAGUACACAACUACGGAAAAGCUCGAUGCUACUCUGACUAUUUCUGAUCCAACAAAGACCGAUUCCUUGGACUCUUCAGCAACCCCAACUGACUUGCCAUCUCCUGCAACCUUGUCGUGGUCUUUAACAACCUCUGAAGUAACUGCCCCGAACAUACCUUCCACGUCUACGACGGAUAGUGUUUCUAUAACACCUACCGCGACCAUGGCUUCUGUAACGAUAUCGUCGAGUGCCACCACCAGUUAUGAAUAUCCAUCGUCAUCUCAGGUACAGACUACUACGAGUAGUGAAGCAUUAAUAGCUUCCAGUGCCGCAGCAUUUGCCACAUCUACGAACUCGCUAGCUCCGGCAACGCUUGGGUCUAGUCGGGCUUUAGUCACAGAAACCGCAAUAUCAGUCGCUACGACUUCGCCCGUUGAUGGCGGCAGUUCGACGACGAUUGAUGCCAUCACAAUAUCAACGGCUUCAAUCGCCAUUGCAACAAGAACACCUGAUUUGGUUACUUCGGCUCUGCAUAUAACAGAAACGGUCUACACUACAUCAGCCGCUCCAUUAGCAACGAAAACCACCCUACAUUCUUCAGCUUUAGCAACGACAGUCGUCUUCACAGCAACAGCAGUCGCUAUUCCAUCACCAGCGUCUCUGUCGUUUUGCACGUCAUUUUCGUGCUUUGAGACUUUGGGCUCAACCGUCGCCAGUUGCUCAAAUGCCAGAUCUAGUUUGGCUCUUGUGCGAGCUGGAAUCUUGUAUCAACUAAACCAGUUCGUCUCCAGUAUGAGCAAUCAGUCAGUCGUCAACAAUCUUCUCAGCCUUUCGCAAAUUAUUGAAUCUGUUGUCAGUGAUGGCACAGACUUAUCAAGUGUCGGAGCUACUCAAGCCGUAAAUCUGAUUAAUAUUCUGGUGGAUACUGGAGUAUCUGAAAUUCAAGUUGAUCAAGCCUUGCAAGUCUCUGUUGCUGGCAUUUUCGUCUCAAUCGACAGUACCGCAAACCUAUUGAACCGAUAUGGAGUAGUGUAUGAUUCUUGGACCUGCGGAAGCUCUGUAUCAAGUAGAACAUCUACGCCAUAUACCGCAGCAUUGUUGCAAUCACUAGCAAAUUCGUAUAUGGGCGUGCUGUCCAGCAGAGCUUCAAGCUCCCUUCAGCUUGGAGGUCCACCAGUGACGAUAGUGAGCUCAUCUAUUGCUCAAAUUGCGCAGAAAGUAAACGUUUCUUCAAUUCCUUCUAAUUUAACGGUCUCAACAACUGGAUCCUCCGCUGCAGGCGGUGUUGGAAAUCUUGAUGUGGUGUUGAAUGAGGUUUUUGCUACUCUGCCAAGUGUUCCUGCCAACAUUAGGCUGGAUUUAUUUGUAUUGGCAUUCAAUCCGUUCUCUGCUGUGGAUGGGAAUGCCACCGUUGGAGAUGAUGCAAGCAUUGUCGAAUUCAGUAUCAGUGAUGGAACAACCGGGAAUUAUAUUGCAGUAAACAAUACUCAAAGCUGCAUUUACAUUAUUGUCCCGACCAAAAUUCCUGCUCAAAAUGUUUCAAACAGUACGAUUCCAACUUGCAAAUAUUGGGAUACUAGCAAGUCUCAGUGGUCAACUUGGGGCUGUAGUUUGCACUCAUUCCAAGGCUCUCAAGUAACAUGUUGUUGUAACCACUUGACCUACUUUUCGAUCGACUUUGUGGCUCGCUCAUCUGUCGCAUCGCCAUCCCCGUCAGCGAGUCCGACUUCAGCACCAACUUCCGGCGUAUCGUUAAUCAUCAUCAUUAUUGCCACUGUCGGAUCUGUUGCCGCACUAGCAACAGCUGCAGCUGGCAUUCUCGUGUCUCGGAAAGGUUUAACAAGGUCAAUCACCCUCGUCCGACGAUAUGGCUCCAUCAUCUUUGCACCAGCCAAUGCUUUGUUGCAAUUCAACGGAUCGAUUUCAUGGUCAAGGUCUUUGAAUACCGUGUUUCCGUCACCAGACGUUACCGCGGCCAUGACAAAUCGAGUGGUAUCUAACAAAGUCAAUGAGAUGGUACGCUAUGAUCAAGAUAUUCGUCGAAAGAGACGAAUUGUAGCUGCUGAACGUGCUAGAAGACAACGUCGCAGACAAUUAGACAUGGCGAGAAACAAUUCCUUGACUUUUCAAAUGCCACCAAUUCAAAUGGGAGCUUGGAGUGAGCCAAUUCAAGCAAUGACUAGAGAAAAUGGUCAAAUUCGACGCGAGGCACUGCUGCCUAACCUCAUUCCGAUAAGUCAAGAGACUGAUUCCGUAAGUAAGAAUAAUGCCGAGUAUGAGGAAGACGAUCAAGAUCAAGAGUAUGACCCAGAUGGCGAAUACGCCGAAUACGAAGAUGACGAGUAUAUCGAUGACAACAAUGAGUACCUGGACGAGGAUUACGAUGCUGAAUAUGAGGCUGCAUAUUUCGACCCACGUGACAUUCAGGUAGACGAUUACGACGACACCUUCCCGCCAGAAGGACUGUAUGAACAAGAGGAAGAAGAUUUUCAAGAAUUGAGCCAUUACCAACUUCCAUUGGAACAAGAUAUCGAUGUGCACGAAUUUGCGGAAUGA